AUGGCGACAAACAAGUCUCAGUCAGCUAGCCAGGUCUACCUGCUGGCAUACAACACCAUCUGCGCUGGUCUUUGGCUCUAUGUCCUGCUUGGCACGGCUGCAGCGUUGAUCUUUUCCCCGGAUAUCUCAGCCGUGUACGCAUCGCUGGAACCGUGGACACGAUGUGUCCAAACCUUAGCUGUAGCUGAAAUAAUGCACGCUGCAUCAGGACUCAUCCGCUCCCCUGUAUUCACCACCUUCACACAGGUCUUCGCCCGCUCUGUUCAGGUCUGGGGUGUCAACUAUGCAUUCCCUGAUACCACUGGACCCUCACUGGCCUACCCAGCAAUGCUCCUUGCCUGGGCAACUGCUGAUACAAUCCGCUAUUCGUAUUUUGCUAUUGCGUUGGCUGGAUAUCCCGUUCCGCGUGCUUUGAAAUGGUUGAGAUACUCUCUCUUCAUGAUCCUGUACCCAAUUGGCAUUAGCAGCGAAUGGUGGUUGAUGUUACAAGCGACUAAAGUCACAGAGAACAUGCCUUUGGCGGCUCUUUAUGCUUUCUUCCUGGGUCUAUAUUUGCCUGGUUCGGUGAUGAUGUACUCGUAUAUGUUCAAGCAGAGGCGAAAGGUUCUGGCUCGUGAAUAG